CAUCACCAGUCUUCACUUACAGUAUGUAUAAAUCAAAAUUGUAAAAAGAAAAAAAACACUGAAAUUUUAUAAACUUAAGGUUUUGCUAAGAUUAGAACGAAUUACCUAAUUUUACCUCGCUGUUUCAUUGAAGCACUGUAGAGAACCCAUGAGAUGUCGCUCGCUAGCCUGACGUUCAGUUGCGCCUGUCAUUUCGUUCAAGUAGCACGCACGUUGUUUUGGUCUGUUGCUACGGCGUUCAGAUCAGCUAUUAUGGCGGACUGGGAGGAAGGACAACAGGUGGAGAGAGUGCAUGGAAACCAUGCAAAAAGCUCUAGUGCAAGACAAGGCAACCUUGUCCACGGUCAUGACCCUAUAUGCAUGGCAACCAUGUUGAGGCCAGGAGUACACGGCAUAGCAACUAUGAUCGUGUGAGUACAGGCGACCAACCUAGUACUUCUGGUGUAUCGGCGGCGGCUGUGACGGGUGGUGGCGCACCAACCAGUGAUGGGCCGGUGUUGGAUAGAGUGAUGGGUCUGCUGCACAACUUUUCUUACCGUUUGACUGCCCUCGAAACCGGGAAGACUGCGGAGCUUCUCUCAGCAGAGUCUGACUAUAGUGACGAUGACAGUGUUUGCCCGAGAACCAGACUGACGAGUUGGGUCAGUUCCUGGAGAGUGGUUUCGCCCCUGCUCUUGACAGGGAUGGUGACUCUAACGCCUUCACCGGCAGUCUAUCAGCAUUAGGGGCUAUGUUUGGCAGUGGUAGUGACAUGGAAAAGCCCAUACAUGAAACUCUGGCUCCUUUAUUGAAUGCUGCGUUAUGGAGGAAACCUAUAAAGGAGCAGGUACAGAAGCUGGUUGCCAAGCACAAGAUCCCGGCUAACGUCCCUAACAUGACCACUCCAAGAUUGAAUCAAGAAUUGUUUGAAGUGAUGAACAAGGAGGGAAAGUUUCAAGACAUUGCAUUGCAGCGAUACGUUGGCCUUGUCACGAAAGCCCUAAUUCCGUUGUCUGGUAUUAUUAGUGACAUGGGAUCCAAGACAACGAAAGCUGUGGAACAUUAUUUGCCGCAGUUGAACGACACAUUGCAACUUUUGACUGCUUCAGUGAACUAUAUGAAUCACGCACGAACCGAUGGGAUCCGUGCAAGCAUUCGCCACCUGCCCAUGAACAAGAUUUGCAACUGGGAGACCAAAGUGGGUACCGAUGUUGUCUUCCCGUUUGAUGUGGUAAAGAAGCUUGAGGAUCUGAAGAAGGCCAAGAAGCUCACGUCCACACUCACCCCCACCAAGAGGUAUGGCCAAGGUGUGGGGAGGUGGCCAAGGAGCAGGUUUGGUCUAUCCAGGCCAUAUUACCCCUACACACGGCAACCUUCCAGGCAGGGUUCCUCUACACGGAAGAGGUCUUUUUUAGGGAAAGGCCCACAGUACCCACAGAGCAGGAGGAUACUGGAGCACAAGUAGCUGCAGAGCAUUAUUGGGAAAGUACUUCAGAAGAUAGCGAAGGAGGAGGCAACAACUUUAUUGGUUUUGCCCCUGUGGCCAACGAGAGUGUGGUUUCCCAGGGCACUACAACUGCUUGCAGCAACGCCUCAGAUAUUGCCAAACCAGUGCCUGACUCUUCCCCAAGAUCCGUCCAAGCAACAUCCAUUAUCAACCAAGUUGGAACUAGUAGCGAUGCUAUUGUCAGGUGUUCCUUCCAAGCAAGGAAACUUUCGCAAGACGUUGGUGCCUUUCUACUUCAAUCAUAGAGACCUGGAACACAUGUACAAUAUAGGGAACCCCUCAAGAAAUGAAUGUGUUUUUGUCAGUCAAGGGAAACUGAUCCCUUUUCACCAUCUAUAGAUGAUUUCCUUUGUUUUUUAUUCAAGCAGUUCCGUCGUGCUGAUGAAGGCACACUGCUAUGUUAUAGUGCCAUGAACACAUAUCGCUCAGCAGUUUCCAGCAUAGCAGACAUCUCAGGUAAACCAGCAGGUCAACAUCCUUUAGUAAAGAGAUUUAUGAAAGCGGUGUUCCAAAAUCGACCUGCUCUGCCUAGGUAUAACUGCACAUGGGACCCUGAUGUUGUUCUUAAUCACUUAAAACUGUUGGGGCCCAAUGAGACACUGACCAUUUUCCAGCUGGUGAGGAAGUUAACUAUGUUAUUGUUAUUGUUAUUGUUGUCAGGUCAACGAGGGCAGGUUUUACAUGUACUAGACGUUAGGAAUAUGUUUCUAACCUCCUCAAAGGUAACUUUUCAAAUUGGAGAUUUGUUGAAAACCUCACAACCUGGGCAUCAUAUCUCACAGGUAACAUUCAAAGCUUAUGCCCCAGAUCAAUGCUUAUGUAUUCUUACUACCCUUCAGGCUUACCUUCAAUGCACAUCAGAUAUUCGAGGGAACAUAACCAACUUAUUGUUGACAACUAGGAAACCAUAUAAAGCUGCCUCAAGGGAUACCAUACGGAGAUGGACUAGAGAUGUGAUACAGAAUGCUGGAAUUGCUUUGCAGAUGUUUGCCCCACAUUCAACACGGGCAGCAGCUACUAGUAAGGCUUCGUGCCAUUUACCACUUAACACAAUCAUGAAGUCUGUUGGGUGGAAUAACUUGUCUGUCUUUGCCACUUAUUACAAAAAAACAAUAAUUUGUUUCAAUAUUCAGGAGGGUGUGAUGUCGUCGUAAAUUGUAAGUGGCUCAGAGAAGGAAUGGUCAUUGGUUGGCUUAAGGGCAUAUGGUUUUUGGGAAUUUGUUACCUUUUGCUGUGUUAGAGGACACUGGGGGUUUUCUCAACACAACAUAUGCCUUCGUGACACACACUGGUGUUUGUGUAUGUACUGUUCUCAUUAUUCUCAUUAUACAAUCUGUGUUAUGUAUUAACACAGCUUCUAGCUACCCUGUUCAGAUUAUGGGGUGUGGCAGGUCUGUUGUUAACUUGGUUGUUUUUUCUAGGAGCAGGAUAUAUCAGUGGCGGACGUUUUUUUGUAGAUAUCUGAUAUAUGAUCAUGUGUUCGUGAUGUCCUUGUCCCAAAGGGAUUAGGAUUAAACAAUUUGUCAGUAGUAAGAUGUCCAAAAAUUUUCUUUUGUGAUUAGAUAUUAUGUCGUGCGUGUUGAGACGGUUUCACUCAAGUUGCAUACUACAAUUAUCUUCUGUUGCAUAAAUUAUUGACUUCUUUCCAUAAUUAGAUGGUCCUGGGAUUUGCUGUCAUUGUUUUCUUAUCCACACUCUGAUGUCUCAUAUUGACCUACAUGUCUAUUUACUAACAGGUGUCAAUUGGGACCAUUAUUAACUUAUGCCAGGAGUCAGACUAUAAAUGUCUCAUGGGUUCCCUACAGUGCUUCAAUGAAACAGCGAGGUAAAACUCUAUAGUUAAACGAGGACUUACCUGAGUCUGAAGUUUGACUGGAAUUUUACCGAGCUUCACUGUAGCACUUAGGGAUCACAUGCCCACCCUGCCCUGCCCUAUUUUUUGGAGGGUUCUGACUCCUGCCGUCUUUGAAUACUGAAAGUCAGGCUAGCGAGCGACAUCUUAUGUGAUUCCUACGUGCUACAAUGAAGCUCGGUAAAAUUCCAGUCAAACUUCAGACUCAGGUAAGUCCUCGUUUAACUAUAGAAUUAUUCCAGCUACAUGGCCUAAAACAGCAUGAGAGUGUUUUAUCCUCACAUGUGGUGAGAUGCAGCAGUGCUGUUGUUUGGUGGUGCCACAUUAUGUAAGCACAUGUUUUGUGUUCAUAUCAGUCAAGAUGUAGUAGUGCACCUCUGCUAUAAUUGUUUGAGUUUGUGUUGUGUUUUGUCCUCACAUCCAGAAUGGUAUGGUGGCACUGCAGUAAAAACAUCAUUCAUUUGUUUAUGUGUGAUGUUGCAGAGUGGUGGCACUAUUACUGUGUAGUGUGAAUCUGUCCUUUUUCUCCCCAUCUAAAACACACAAGUUAGCAUGACUAUAGCAGGGUCACUCUAAAAUGGCUGUUCUGGUGUGGCUGUGGGCUUUGCAGAGAUUCUCCCACCAUUGCCAUCUCUCCAAAGA